AUUUGAAGUUUUCCAUAUUGAUUUUCAAAACAAGCCCGAAUGGUUCAUUUUGAAGAAUCCGGAAGAAAGUGUACCACUUCUAGACCAUAACGGCAAACUGGUGAUUGACUCCCGAGUGAUUAUUGAAUAUUUGGAUGAAACGUUUCCGGAAACAAGUAUUUUGUCCAAAGACUCGUAUCUGAGAGCAAAGCAACGAUAUUAUGCACUGAAACUAGAACCGAUCUGUGAAACAAUAAAACAAAUGACAUACUCGACAAAACUAACCGGUAAUAUUACCGUCCUUGCAUUGGAACUUGCCACGGCUGAGCAAUUGUUACAAUCUCCUUUCUAUUCAGGUGAGGUACCCAGUUUACCGGACAUCAUCUUAUUCCCGUUUAUUCACCGAUUGCAUAUCAUUCGACAAUUUAUCAGAGACAACUUCCUCGAUCACUACUUCCCGAAUAACUAUCCAAAACUUGUAAAAUGGUUCAUCGCAAUGCGUAAUAUGCCAGAGAUUCGAGCAGUUCAAGAACCAGAACACCACUUAAGGGCUUACCUCAUCAGCAAAACUACUGAUUUCAACACCAAGGUCGGAUCUGACCUCAAUAGCCUAACACCAGUUAGCUGGAAACUUCUCAACGACUCAGUCGUUCAGUAUCGACUAAACAAUGCACAAAAUUGA